GCCUACCACGUAGGGAAGGGUAGAUUCUGGAUGGACAAUAGCCAGAAUAGGUAGGUCCGUAGGUGAGGGUUUUCAUUGGUAUUACUUUCAAGCUACUGUCUGAGAGAGUGAAAUUCAAGUGAAAACGAGAAGAUGCCUUGCCUGAACCUUUCGACCAACGUUAGCCUUGACGGCGUUGACACUUCCGCCAUCCUCUCUGAAGCCACGUCCACCGUCGCCAAGAUCAUCGGCAAGCCCGAGGCCUAUGUGAUGAUUGUGUUAAAGGGAUCAGUACCCAUAGCAUUUGGUGGAACUGAGCAGCCAGCAGCUUAUGGUGAGUUGGUGUCCAUUGGAGGCCUUGGCCCUGAUGUGAACAAGAAACUGAGUGCUGCAAUUUCGGCAAUCCUCGAAGCAAAGUUGUCAGUGUCCAAGUCACGAUUCUUCCUCAAAUUUUAUGACACUAAGGCAAGCAAUCUCAACCUGUAAUUAUCAACAAGAUGGGUCAUUGCCACACACAUUUCAUCUCACUGCACUCUUCCUGUUUGUUUAGGCCCAUCAAAGUCAAGAAUAUGCACAGUGUUUGCAUGCUUUACACCAGCACUAGAUCAUGUAAAUAAAUCUUUACUGUUUUGAAAUUGUAUAGUUAUUAAUUUUUUUAGGAUCCAAAUUUUGUUUAUUGUCCAAUAAUGUUCACAGCAGCAAUUUAUAUUACUUGCUUCCUCAUAUUAGGUAAUAAUGCUUUUGUUUUUGUAUUAUUAACAGGGUUACAACUUUGGAUGGAAUGGUACCACCUUCUAAGGCCUGCAUCUUGUCUUGGUUGCCCACAAGCUCAAUAUCAUGCAUUUAGACAGCAAUAUCCCCAUGGUGAUUUGGUAUAAUAAAACUUGGCUAUUGUAGUAUGUUACAUUGUUUCUGUUUCUCCUUAGACACAUGAUAUGUGGAAUACUAGAUGGUUCAACUGUAUGCUUCUUUUGGGAAAAAGAAAAACCUUUAUUUUCACUUGGCAUUAGCCAAUGCUGUUAGGUACUCGGAUAUUUACGAGUGAACUCACUCUCUUCUCUAGCUAUGCAUUUUGAAUAA